CCAUCUUCGAGCAUAAACCAAACUUUUGCGAAAAGGUUACAACAUCGUAGUCCCAAAAAUAGGUUUCAUAUGCACAAUUCACCCGCAUACGGUUAGCUCUUGCCACGCACAUUCCCCAUUUAGGCAACCCAACAACAACCCUCCAUAAAACUCCACACCACAAACCAGAAUGCGCGUCAUCACAAAAACCACAACGACAUAUACCGCGGUCUUCACUCUCGUCCCCGAGACCCCCACAGCCGUCGAAAAACGACAGCCCAACGUCCUCAAACCCUCCUCAAUAGCCAUCUACCACAGCUUCAACGGCGCAAUCACCCCUCCCGUCUCCCAGGGCGAAGUCUCCCGCAACUCAAGUAACGGCCGCGAUACGACAACGCUCGUGACUUUCGACCUAAACGGCCGCACCCUGCCCCCAACAUGCUCCCUACGAUUCCAUCUCGAUCCCAAAGAUAGCAUCGCCUCCUGCACUGGAACCGGCCAUAUCGACGUCUUCUCCUCGCUGAAACCUGCUCCAAUAGAGGGAUCCGCAGGCUGGGGUGGGCCGGGGAAUCAGCGGAAUGUACCGCUGGGCAGGAUGCAGGUUCAUGGCGAUGGCGACGCGACGGUUUUGGACUUUGCACCGAAUCAGCUUGGGGCGUUUUCUUGUCUGGAGGUUGGGGGGUUGGGUGUAGAGGGUGGUGUGCUGGCGUUUGAACUUGUGCCUGUUGGUGAGCAGUAUCGCGUGACGUGGGAUGCGGGAAGGAGUGGGCUGUUUUUGAGUUGGUAGGUUGGUUUGUGGAGGGAGUGCGUGGGAUGAAGAUACAUGUUGUUAUCAUGUCCUGGUUUCUUUGGGUAUCGAGCCAACAGUCAAAACCACUUAUUCGUCUGUAUCAUGUGCCGUAUCGUGUCACGCAACAUGGUUAGUAUACAUUUCAUGAUGAAGAAGAUGUUUGAACACUUUGUUCGAAGGUUGUUAUUAUAGCUACAAAGGUCCGCCCUUUAUUCGACACA